AUGCGGAAUCGUGGGAUUGAAAUUUACAUUCCUGGGGAGAAUGAUGGAAAUAUGUUGGACAGUCUGGAUUUGAAGUUACUCCUGCAUGGCUUGGCUGUGCAUUCAGAAACCAAGGCAACAAUAGCAGGUUCUGUGUCAUCUUUGUCACCUUUGCUUCAGGCUGCUGUAUUAAUUGUGCAGCAAAUAAAAAGAGGCUUUGGAUUAGCAAAGUCUUUUUACAGAGCCUGUUGGGAAGUUUAUGGCCGCUCACAACAACUGCAGAUUAACCAAAAGCUUGUGUUAGAGUUGGUUACAAGGCAUGCUUCAACUCUGACUUCCCCUGACACUUGGGGUGAGUCCUUGCUGGCAGUGGGAUUGUGGCCAGACUCCCUGCCUUCGGGUGUGUUUGCAGCUGAAGACUCACUCCUUUCCACAGUCCAGAGUGAUGGACAGGUCCUGAUGUAUUGUCUGCACAGACUGAACCUCAGAAACUGCAGGACAUUACCAGUGACUCUGGAAGAUCUGAAGAAAGUUAUGCAGUGCACUAAUCCUGAGAGUCUCAAGUUCAGUGCUGUUGAGAUAGAUGCAAACUGGAUGGACAAUAUGGAAGUUCUCCAGGCUUCAGUGAAAUUGUUCAUAGAAAAGGCGACCAAUCAAGAUUGGAAAUUAAGAGUUAAAUGGCUUAACUCCUUAGCCAAAAAUCUGCCACAAGGGCUUGAUUCAGUGCGGAUUCAGCUGGAAGCAGGUGCUGUAGCCCUUGGCUGUUUUUAUGCCAGUCCCCUCUCAUCGGGAGUCAGUAACAUGAUCAAGUUGCUACAGCCAACUAUGACAGAUGAACAUGUGAUGCCUCUGGACCCAAGAUGGAAUAUGCAGUUUUUGGAGAUCAUUAGAAAUUCCAUGAACUUUGAUACAGAAAUGGAGCACACAGACCAGCUUCUUAUGCUUUUGAGGUCUGCAGCAAAUCGGGCAAUGUUAUUUCUUGACCGAGAAAAAAGAAGUUACAUUGAGAAGAGUUUGAUUGCCAGCAAGAAGCCAAGAAACAGUGUCUUAAGAAUGUCUCUAGAUUUCCACAAAAAUCCAGGAAGUUACAACUGUCUUCCUCAUGGAAUCGUGGUCAACCUUGCUGCUUUCUUUGAACUUUGGGAUGCAUUUGCCCUUCACUGGGUGAAGUCUACUCAGGUGGCCUUAAGUGAUGAUGACACACAUGAUGUUUUGUACUGCUUGCUGUGGCGGGACCGGUUCUGGGCUGUCUCUGACGCAGUCACAGUGGAUUCAUCAGGGCUGUCACUCCUGGCUCUGCACUGGCACUGGGUUAUGAAACACCUAAUUGACAGAAUUCCUCAGAUGCUUACUGGAUCUGACCAGAACAAGAUUUCCAGGGAAAUUCAAUCUGUUUCACAGCAGAUUCAGAACUGCUUGGUCAAUCCUGCUGGUAUUUCAGCGAAUAUGAAGAUACUACAGAAAUCUCUAGGAAGACCCCUUCCUUUUAAGGAUAAACUGGGCAUGGAAUGUUUUUCUCAGUUAAAAGCUCUCAGCAAACCACUGAACAUCUUGGAGCUAAGAUUGGCCUGUGGAGAAAGUAGAUGGCAGGAAAAAAUGUGCUGUGUGAAAAUUGCUGCCACAGGAAUGAAGAUGAAGAAAGCAUUGCUGCAAGCUGAUGGCCUGAUAAUAAGAGCCAAUCAUUUAGAAGAUGUUAGUCUGGGUCAGUUACAGAUAUUUCUGAAAGUUGUACAUUCACAGCUGAAAGAAGGAGGAGUCACAUACAGUUACUCAGAAGAAAGGCUUCCUGAAGACACCAUCUCCAACCAGUUAGACUCUGCCCUGUUAAACCAGCUCUGCAGUCAAGUUCAGCUGUGGCCUGCAAUGGAAUACAUAGGGGUGCUCUGGCAGUACAAACUAACAGCAGAUUACGUGGCCAAGGCUUGUGCAAGAAGGAAGAACUGCAGUCAAGAAUUAAGGGUCUCUUCAGAUCUUGCUCAGUUCAUAGCUUUUUCUUUGAAGUUGACACCAGCUGCUUCUCACCAGCUUUCUGGACUGUGGCAUCUGUUACACCUUAAUGAAAUAAGCCCCGAAGAAAUGGCUCUUCUGUCAUCUCAGCUAGUUAAUGCUGUGUUAGCAUCCUUUUGGAGCAGUACUUUUACCAUGGACCCAGACUACUGGUUGACCUGGAGGCCACUGCCUGCAACUGAGGAAAAUAACUUCUCUAUAUCCCAUGUGAACCGUUCUAUGAAGGGCCCAGGCAUUUUGACCCGAGCUGUUUUCUCAAAGUGCUUCUUUGAAAUUCUAACUAGCAGCAGCAAGACAAGCCAGUGGGAUGUGAGUGGGCUUCCUGUCUUGUCAUCAUCCCAUGUAACACUGGGAGAAUGGAUGGAGAGAGCACAGCAGCUUUACAAAGUCAGCGCAGCUCUGUGGACCAACUUGGCUGUCUCUUCAAUAGCAGACUUUAGACACACGGAUGCUAGACUGCAAGGAAUAAUGCUAAGCAGACAGCUCUCUGCCCUGGUAGAUCUGAUUCCAAUGGAUCUUCAAGAAGAAUUUUUGGAGUGCUGUGAAAAGCUCUACCUCAAGGAUCCUGUUGCAUAUGAGUACCUGCUAAAGAUACUUGAAAGCAUCACUGAUCAGGAAUUACUUCCUAAAGAAUUCCUGCUUCUUCUGCUCACUUGUUUGCAUCAGUUCUAUGGAGAAGGGCUUCAGGAGUUACCAGAGACAGCUUGGCGAGGAAGUCUCUGGGUGAGCAUUGGCUUGGUGCAGAUCCAGAUGUGGCUUCCACAGACCAGGUUUGAUCCAGCUGUUAAAAGAGAAUACAAGCUCAAGUACUCAAAAGAAGAGUUAUACCAGCUGGAGUGUGAAUGGAAAACACAUGAUUUUUCAUCCCAGUUGCAUACAGGGAAAAGUAUUGAAGAUGAAACAGUCAGCAACUAUAUUCAUCCCCACAUCAGGCUGUUGCAUGAAAGAAUGCAAGGGUUGAAGGAGCAAAUAAGCAGUCUUUCCAGAAGGAAGGCCUUCAGGCCUCCAGCUCCACUGUAUGAUUGCUUAUACCAGGAGGCUCACCAGUACAUCAACAGCAUAGCACGGAUUUCCUCUGUCCAAGACCUUCUAGCCCGCCUUCUGCAGUUCCUCCGUGGAGAGAGACCUAAAUCGCUGCAGGCUAUACAGAACCUGUUAAAUGAAGAGGCAUCGUGGCAACAAUCCCACCAUCAGUUUAGAAAACACCUGGCAGAGGAGUAUGCUGUGUUCCCUGAUGCCAUCAUUCCCCUCCAGGCUGCCAUCCUGCAGCUGCAGCAUGGCAUGCGAUUAGUGGCUUCUGAAGCGUGUGCAGUGCUGCAGAGCUCUGUGUGCCCAGCUGAUCUCACCAACCUCCUCACUUCCUUGUUGGCAUUUCCUUCUGUUGGCUGUGCUUUUCCCACUUACUUUGCUCGGGCAGAAACUUUAUGCUCAGUGAAUUCAGUUGGGGUACUUAAUGGACUUAAAAAGUUCUCUCUGAAGCACUCUGAAGGAGGGUCUGAGGGAGCUGAGCAGCCUUCCCCAACUCUGGAACAGCUCCUGGUGAAUGCUUUGUUGCAUCUUCGAUGCCAUGUACUAUCCAGAGGUGAAAUGGACCAGAAAUCUCUGCAGCUUUUCAGACAUCUGUGUCGGGCAAUUGUGAAUGAAUGGGAUGAACAGGAACGCCGUGCCCAGGAGCAGGAGGCAAUGGAACGAAGCCUGUACAGAUACAGGAGUAAAAGUCAUGGGAAAGGACGGAGCGAGGAAGAAGAGGAAGAAGAAGAAUUUAGGAGGAGAUUUCCUUUUCAUGAAAAGGACUUUGAAGAUAUCACAGCUCAGCCAAGCCUAGAGGAAAAAAUGGAAACUGAAGAGCCUGUGGAAGACCAGCUGAAAGCUGACAGAGCUCUUUUGUCCAAGGGCUCUAUGCAAACAGUAAUGAAGGUUCAUCAGCAGUUGUGCUUAAACUUUGCUCGAUCCCUGUGGUAUCAACAGAGUCUGCCUUCUCAUCAAGACAAGCAUUAUUUCAGUACAUUUAUUUCUUGCUAUCAGACUGGUGCAUGCCUGGUGUCACAGUUCUAUCCUUUAAUUGGUGCUGAAAUGAAUGAUAAUCUUUUGGGAAGCCAACUUCUGCUGAGCACUCUUCUUCACAAUACCUUUUUCGAAGAAGUAACUUCAGAUCUUGUGCUGCAGCAAGAUGGCCCAUAUGACUUCUAUCAACAUCCCAAUAUUCAGCAAGUCCGACAGUGCCAACCUGUGCUUGACAAUUUUGCUAAGGAAAUAAAUGGGCUACUGCAGGAAUGGCCAGAGCAUCCUGUACUUGUGCAGCUGUUAGUUGUGAUGGACAGAAUCCGGAGUUUUCCACUUUCUAGUCCUCUCUCAAAGUUUCUGAAUGGGUUGGAAAUUCUUCUUGCAAAGGCACAGGACUGGGAGGAAAACGCUAGUCGAGCCUUGUCCUUGCGGAAGCAUCUUGAUCUGGUCACACAACUGAUUAUUCAGUGGCGUAGAUUGGAACUGAAUUGCUGGUCAGUAAGUUUGGACAAUAUUAUGAAGCAGCAUGUGGAGAAAUCCACAAAGCACUGGUUCUCAGUCUAUCAGAUGAUUGAGAAGUAUGUUCAAGAACAGACAGAGGCAAACACAGAAGGAACUGAGCAAAUGGAUCUGAAAACACUGGUCAGCACAUUACAGGCUUUCAUUGAAGGGUCUACUCUGGGAGAGUUUCAUGCACGACUCCAGUUACUGUUGGUUUUCCACUGCCACAUCUUGCUGAUGCCUCAAGUAGCAGAAAAGGAUGUUCUGUGCAGCAUCCUGUGGAAUCUAUACAAUUACUAUAAGCAGUUUUCAGAGUGUGUUGAGGCCAAAAUCACUGAACUUCGUCAGCCCAUAGAAAAGGAGCUUAAGGAAUUUGUGAAGAUUUCCAGGUGGAAUGAUGUCAGCUUCUGGGCUAUAAAGCAAUCAGUUGAGAAAAUACGGAGAACUCUCUUUAAAUUCAUGAAGAAGUUUGAAAUUGUUCUGGAUGAGCCAUGUCGGCCUGCCUUGGUGGAAAUCGGUAAGGAAGAGCAGCUGGACUGCAUGCAAAAGCAAGAAGAAUCUGACGACCAAGAAACCAAAAUUCAGAGGCUAAACAACACAUUAAGAAAGGUUCUGUCUGCUAGAACAGAUGUUACCAAGAGGGCACUCCCAGAAUGUCAGGGUGUCAUUACAUUUCAUACACAAUCUCUUCAGUAUCGUCUGUCUAAACUGACGAAAAAAAUGAAGAAAAUGUGUACAACAGUUACAGAACAUAAUUCAUUCAUUAACCUGGUGGAAAAUCUCGACCAGUUCACAGGUGGUAUUAUUGUUUCUGUAGCUGAACUGCAAAAUUUAACAUUUGAUCAGACAGCAACUAAGGAGAAGCAGAAAUCAGAGGCAAAGCAUAUUCAGAUGCAGAAGCAACGGGCUUUGUCAGAUCUCUUUAAAAGCCUCGCUAAAACAGGUUUGUCCUACCGGAAAGGUCUGGCUUGGUCCCGUUCAGAAGAUUACCAGGAAGUUCUCUACCUUCGUCCCCUGGACUUGGGUAGUGCAUUGGCUGCAAUGAAUUGCUCACAUGAACUGGAUGCCACGUUGCUGACAGAGAUUUCCUCAGCCUGGGAUGGAUGCCAGAAAUAUUUCUAUCGGUCACUUGCACGUCACUCUCGGCUCCAGACAGCAAUGUUAGCACCUGCCAAGGAUAUUGGACUAGGUAGCAUUGAACGAUGCAAAGGGUUCACUGCACACCUCUUGCAGAUGCUUGUGAGACAGAGACGAUCUCUUACUGCAUUGACAGAACAGUGGAUCUUACUCAGGAAUCUCCUGAGCUGUAUACAAGAGAUAGAUUCUAGGUUGACUGCUGAGGGAGAAUACAGUGCAGCAUUUCCUCCUCAAGACAGUGUUCAACAGUGGACAGACAGACUGCAGCAACUUUCCAUGCAGUGUGUGAUGGUUCUCCAGGAGCUGUCUUGGUUUAUCCAGUGCUGCCCAAAAGAAGAGUCAGCCGGGUGCAAUGACAGUGAAAGGACUGAUGUCAAACCCAACAUUCCUCAGAGUUCAGUGCCUGAAAUGGGAAAUGUUCUUGUGGGAGUACCUGACCUGAUUCCCUCAGAUCUAAAGCACUUGUCUCCAGUAACAGUUGAGCGAUUGCCGCCUGGAUGCAGGAUGCGAAAUAAGGAUCAGUUGUGGCUGCAGGUAGCUACACAAUUGACUGCAAUGAUGGCAAAUGUCAAGGCCGUGAAAGCAGAAGUGGACAGAGUAAGACAACAGUCACGUGAGACCUCCUUUUAUUCCUGGAGAGACUUUGAAGUUUGCACAUCAGCUGUGAGUUGUUUGCUGGAAGUCUCAGCCCAGUUACAAAGCAUAGAGUCCCUGUUUCUUCCAAAUGGGCAAGACAGGGAAGCUGCAAAUCAGAUGGCCCUAAUCAAGAGCCUAAAGUACAUACAAGAAGAAGUUAAUAACACAUCUUCAGACUUCACAGCCUGGAGAGCACAGCUGCUUGCUUCUGUGUCCGAUUGCAGUGGUUCAAAAGGAAAUCAACAGUCGGAUGAAGAGUUUGUGGAGCAAUUCUCAACGAAAGUGGAAACUGUUAUCCGUGCUGUUCUGUAUGCUGUGCAGUGUUUGGUAGAGAGAAAACAGGAAGGUGGAAAAGAGGAAGAAAAGUCUUCAGAGGAAAAUGAGGAUGCAGCCUUCCUUGAUGUGAUUAAAGCUGGACAUAUAACUAAGCUUUUGGAUGAAGAUCUGUCUGCUGAUUUGGAGUCUUUACAUGUGCAGAAGGCAAUUUUAGGUGUUUCAGAACUCCUGGACCUCCUGAAAUCUUACAGGGAAGACUGCACUUCAUAUAAACAUAAGUUCUUCAACCAGUCCUGCUAUUUGCUGGUGCGUCUAAAGCCCAUGCUCUGCAAGUAUUCAGACCUCAUCCUGUUCUACUUCACCAUUUCACUGGCAUCUCACAGGAGUACUGGAAAACUGCUUUCUGUUCUAACCAGCAUUUUUACAGAGCUUGCUCUAAAGGGGUUUUGUCUGCCAAAAGAAUUACUUGAAGAUGAAGCAGGAGAGGGAGCAACAGAGUUCCAUGACUAUGAGGGUGGCGGUAUUGGAGAAGGGGAAGGCAAGAAGGAUGUGAGCGACAAAAUAGAAAGUGAAGAUCAGAUAGAAGACAGUUUCCAAAAAGGUCAAGAGAAGGAGAAAGAGGAUCAAGAUUCUAAACCAGACAUUGAAGGAGAAGACAAUGCAAUUGAAAUGUCUGAAGACUUUGAAGGAAAGAUGCACGACGGAGAAAGGGAGGAAAAAGAAGAUGAGGAAAAUUCAGAUGAAGAGGAGGAACUGGAUAAGCAGAUGGGCAAUCUUGAUAAUGCUGAAGCUGAUGAGAAAUUAGAUGAAAGGCUCUGGGGGGAUGAAGAUGAUGAUGAUGAUGAUGAAGAUGCUAGUAGUAAAACAGAAGAAACUGGACCAGGAAUGGAUGAGGAGGAUUCAGAGCUUGUUGCAAAAGAUGACAAUCUGGGGACAGGAAACAAGGAUAAUAAAAAACAGCCUCCCAAGAAUGAGGAAAAAGAGCAACAGGAAGAGGAGAGUGGAAAUAAAGAGAAAAUCCAUGAACAAAUUGAUGAGCGUGAGUAUGAUGAGAAUGAAGUAGAUCCUUAUCAUGGCCAGCAAGAAAAGGAGCCUGAAGUUGAACCUUUGGACCUGCCUGAUAAUUUGAAUCUGGAGAGUAAUGAGAAGAGUGAUGAUGAGGAGGAUGAAGAAGAAGAGAAUGAUUUUGAAAUAGAUGAGAAACCUGUGGAUUUAAAUGAGGCAGAGAAGACAGAAGAACAGAAUGAAGAGGAUACUGCUGAGACAGAAAGAGAUGAUCAAGAUGCAAAAACAGCUGAAGAAGGCAUUUCUGAAGAUAAAGAGGAGAAGGAAGAUGAAGGAGACAAAGAUGCUCAUGAUCAAGAACAAAAGGCAGAGAAUACUGAGGAUGCAGAAGAAGAAGAGGAAGAGUCACAACAACCUGAUGAGAAAAAAAAUGAAUCUGCUGAAGAUAAGGGAAUCCCUAAUGAAGACCAAGGCCUUCAACCUCAGGAAGAGGAGGAUGAAGAUAAUUCAGAGACGGAUGAACAAAUCCCUGAGGCUGAGGAAAGAAUGGAGCAUGAAACACAAGGGCAGACUGGGCAAGAAAAUCUGCAGAGUGACAGUGCUGUUGAGCUGGCUGGAGAGGCUUCAGAAAAAGACCAGUCUAAAGAGGAAAGUGGAACUGGAGCUUCAAGUGCAAAUCAGUCAGAAGGCCAUGAAUCUACACGCAUGGCCCGGAUGGCUUCUCAGAAGCAAAGCAGAAAAAACACACAGAGUUUCAAGAGGAAACCUGGCCAGGCAGACAAUGAGCGCUCGAUGGGAGAUCACAAUGAACACAUCCACAAGCGAUUGAGAACCAUGGAAUCCAGCAGUGAAGCAAAGCAGGAUACAACUCAGCCUAAACAAAACGCAGAGGAGGCUGAUGCAUUUGAACAUAUUAAACAAGGCUCUGAACACUAUGAUGCACAGACAUAUGAUGUAGCUAGCAAGGAGCAAGAGAAACCGUUUAUGCCUCCUGAAGAAAAGGAAGAAGUAGACUCUGAAGAUGCAGCAAUGGAAACAGAAAUGCAGGACGAGGAUCUCAGGGCAGUAGACACUGAAGAGCUGAAGCCAGAAAAAAAGAAGUCUACUGCCACUAAACCUCCUGGACCAGGUGAUGUGGAGCCAGAGCUCCAGACUUUUGACUCAGAGGAUGUCAAUGACUCUGCACCAGAAAAACUACUAAAGGUAACUGAAGAGAAGCCAGAGAGAAGCAAAGACUCGACCAUACACACAGCCCACCAGUUUCUGAUGGACAUUCCCCAGCACAUCAUUAGAGAUCCCGAAGAGCUAAGAAAGGAACUUGAAAGGCAAUUGGAAGCUUGGCAGACACAACAGCCUGGAACUCCAGAGGAGGAGAAGGAGGCAGCACAGCUGUGGCAGAAGUACUUAGUACUGACAGCUCCUCUGUCACAGCAGCUUUGUGAACAGCUGCGACUCAUACUGGAACCCACUCAGGCCGCCAAGUUGAAAGGAGACUACAGAACUGGGAAGAGACUGAACAUGCGCAAAGUGAUCCCGUACAUUGCCAGUCAGUUCCGAAAAGACAAGAUCUGGCUGCGAAGGACCAAGCCCAGUAAACGACAGUAUCAGAUUUGCCUGGCUAUUGAUGAUUCCUCUAGUAUGAUUGACAAUCACUCCAAACAGCUUGCAUAUGAAUCCCUGGCAGUUAUUGGAAAUGCUCUGACUCUUCUAGAAGUGGGACAGAUUGCUGUGUGUAGCUUUGGAGAGACUGUUCAGCUGCUGCACCCAUUCCACGAGCAGUUCAGUGACCAGUCAGGGACACGGAUAUUGCGUCUUUGCAAGUUUCAGCAGAAGAAAACAAAAAUAGCCCAGUUUCUAGAAUCAUCAGCAAAUAUGUUUGCUGCAGCACAGCAGUUGUCUCAAAAUAUUAAUCCGGAAACAGCGCAGCUGCUUUUGAUUGUAUCUGAUGGAAGAGGCCUUUUCUUGGAAGGCAAGGAACGGGUGACAGCAGCAGUUCAAGCAGCUCGGAAUGCCAAUAUCUUUGUUAUUUUCGUAGUGUUGGACAACCCUAAUUCCCGGGAUUCUAUUUUGGACAUUAAAGUACCUAUAUUCAAAGGACCUGGAGAACUGCCUGAAAUCAGGUCUUACAUGGAAGAAUUCCCAUUCCCGUUCUACAUGAUCCUUAGAGAUGUGAAUGCGCUCCCAGAAACUCUGAGCGAUGCCCUCAGACAGUGGUUUGAACUGGUCACUGCCUCUGACACUCUUUAGACUUUGGUAGACAAGGUCAGACCCGAUUGCUGCUGCUGAACUGCUGAAAUACAAGAAACUCUUGUCAUAAAACUCUUCCCAACUGGGAUUAUCCUGUGGGAGCUGCCCUGGGGCAGAGACUGUGUAAGAACAGAAUGGUUUGGGUGCAUCCUCCCAGUGUGUCAGAGGACAAUUAUGCAAUGGUGAGGCUGUCUCCUGCUAUUCCCACAAGUAGCAUAAAACUUGUCUCAGCUUCCCUUGUAAUAACUUAUUACCUUUUUAAGAAAAAAAAAAAAUUGUUAUAUUAACAGAGGUAAUAUUAUUCCUGCUCCUCCCUCCCUGCUAAGUAAAGCCAGCCUUGUUCCUGGGAAAGUAUUUCUGCAUUAGAAGUUGGGGUGUCUUGCAAAUAAAGCUUUCUUCAGUAUCACCCAUGUGGAGAUGCUUCUGGGAAGGAAAGGAAUGGGGAGCAGGAGAGGAAGAUGGUUUAAAUCAACCAAAAAAAAAAAAAAAAGUACUCGAAUACUUGAAACUAUUCUGCGGUUUUAACAUGGCCUUUUUAAUUAUUGCUGAUUUUUGCCUGACGAUAGCAGGGAAUUUUCUGAAUCUUGCCAUAUGCUGAUCCCUUCCUUACCACUUUACACUGUGAAGUUUGCCCCAGUCCGAGGCAGGCGUUGGGGAUGUUUCAUAAAUCCGAUGUCUUGGAGCACGGACGUGAUUUUUCAUCGCAAAAGCUAUGCAUCUUGUAUCGUCUGUACUAAUAAAGACAGGUACCGCUCUUUGUAA